GAUCUGCUCCUCCACUCCACCACUCCACCAUGUUCAAGGUCGUAAGCGUUGCUCUGUUAGUGGGCGUGGCCAUGGCUGCACCCCGCCCCGACAGCCCUCCCAUCUACGCCCCCAUCGCCCCUAGCUACCCGGCCCCCCAUGCAGUAUCGCCCUACAAGGAGGAACCCCCGAAGCCGUACCAGUUCGACUACGGCGUCCGCGACGACUACUCCGGCGCCAACUACGGCCACAACGAGGUGUCCGACGGCAACGCGAUCUCCGGCUCGUACACCGUAGCCCUCCCCGACGGCCGCAUCCAGAAGGUGACCUACGUGGCCGACCACCACAACGGCUUUCAGGCUGACGUGACCUACGAGGGAGAGGCGGUCUACCCCGAUCACAAGCCUGCCCAGCCGGCCUAUCCUGCCCCAGCUCCCUACGUUCCUGCCCCCGCCCCUUAUGCUCCCCCUGCCCCUUACGCGUAAACACAAACACACACUCACGUGUUGGCUUAAAUCCGCAAAUUCACGAAACCACACUUGUAAACACACUAAAGCCACACGAUACAUAAUACGGUGAUAUUCACCGUCGACUUUAUAUGUACAAUUCGCUGUGGAUGUUUUUCACUCACUUGAAAUUCUCUCGCAGCCCAGAAAAGUUGGAUUUCUACCCUUCACGUUGCAGCUCCAUUAGACCCAGAGCUUUCAUCGCGAAGGAAAGUUUGUGUGACUCACGAUUUCCCACAAGCCCCCCCCCCCCACCCCUUUACACACACGUCCUCACGUAUGGCCCCACAAUCCUAAUACCUUUCCUUAUACUUUAAGCCCUUACACCUGACAUCCGCACACAUCUAAAAUCACGGCUGCAAAGCUUCUAUACCUCACACACAGUUUAUGAACAAUAGACCCUUACAUAUUAUACUUUAUACCUUAGAAGACCCAUAUUACUCUUUAUACCCUAGACCCUUACAUAUUACACAUUAUAUCCACCUAAAACUCACAGUUCGAAGACUUUACACCUUAAUCCCCCACCUGACACCACCUAAUACCUCAUACAUAUUAAUCCUAUACCCUCAUAUCGGACACACAUCCGCCCUAUAUCGCACUAUCCCUUACCCUUAGUGCACAUGCCCACUUUAUGUUGUUUUGUGUGCACGCUAAACCCCAAAUUGUUGUUGUAUUGGUCACUUUAGCUAGUCAGUUACCCUGAUACGUGGCCCACCCUGUUGUAGGUGAUUAUUUUUUAAUAAAAUGUGAACGCAG